ACCUGAGCCCCCUGACAGGAUGCACAGGAUGCACAGCAGCACAUGGGCAGAGCAAGCUCCGGCAGAAAGCACUGCGCAUGCGCCACACAACUUCAGACGAAUCCUUCUGCACGUCUUGAGAUCUCUUCCCAUUCAAGAAUCACAAUGGGGAGUUAAAAUGUCAUAACUGAUCUUUUGUGUGGAAGUCUGUAAUAAGGCAGUACAUUUCUAAUUAAUUGUGUGUACAUCAUGGCUGAGGAGGAAUAUGGCAGCUUUGUGGACUGGGCUCAAAUGGGGGACCUGGCCAAGAGCAGUGGUCCCACAAAGGUUGACUGCAAAGACCUAAAGGAGUUUAAGCAGAUGGCCCGUCAAGGGUACUGGGCUAAAAACCACAAACUUCGAGCGCAGGUCUACCAACAGCUCAUCAAAGCCAUCCCCUGUCGUACGGUCACUCCCGAUGCAGAAGUGUACAAGGACAUUAUGAAAAAUGCAGGUUCUAAGAAACCCUCUGCCCACAUCCCCCUGCCGGAGUUUGUGGAUGGAAACCCAGUGCCCAAGUACUGCCUCAAGCCAGAGGCUGUAGAUUCAGCCCAUCAGAUUAUGAACUGUUUGGCGGGACAGUUUCCAGACAUCUCCCACUGCCCCUCUCUCCCAGCAGUCACAGCAUUACUGCUCCACUUCAGUAAAGACGAGGCUCAGUGUUUUGAGCAUGUCAGUCGUAUACUUGCCUGUAAUGAGCCUGGGAAAAGACUGAUGGACCAAACAUUUUUGGCUUAUGAAUCUAGCUGCAUGACUUUUAGUGAUUUGGCCAAUAAGUACUGUGCACCAGCGCACAAGAUAAUUCUGGCUACGGCUCAGGAUGUGCAGGAGGUGUACUGUGAAUGGCAGCGAUGGAUCCUGGGCGACCUCCCCUUCAGCCACGCUGUCCGAGUACUGGAUGUUUACCUUGUGGAGGGCUACAAGGUGCUGUACCGUGUGGCUAUCGCGCUGCUAAAAUUCUAUCGUAAGCACAAGGCUAGUGGCCAGAAUAGCCAAGCAGUUCAGCCUCCUCAGGAUCCAGAAAAGGUGCGAGCUGAAAUCCAGGCCUUUGUAAAGGGUAUUGGCUCCACUGUGAGUCCGGAGAAGCUGUUGGAGAAGGCCUUCACCAUUCGACUGUUCAGCCGUAAAGAGAUCACCUUGCUCCAGCUCACCAAUGAGAAGUCCCUGCAGCAGAAAGGCAUCACUGUCAAACAGAAACGACGGAACGUGCAGUUGGCCCUUAACCCUGACACAUUUUCCUCGGAGAUCGUGAGUGCCAAGGAAAUGCGGGACAUCUGGUCGUGGAUCCCUGAGCGGUUUGCCCUUUGCCAACCACAGCUUCUCUUCACUACUUCUACUCAUGGCUGCAGCUUGACCAGGUUCUACUCCCACUCUGAAGGCUAUGAACCCACUUUACUCCUCAUCCGGACAACAGAUGGCGAUGUGUGUGGAGCCUUUCUGUCCACAGACUGGGAGGAGCGCAAGAGAGGGGGUAAUAAACUGAGCUUCUUUGGAACUGGAGAGUGCUUUGUUUUUAAGUUAAAGCCAGAGAUGGAGCGCUAUGAGUGGGUGGUUAUCCGCCAUCCUGAAUUAGCUUCUUCUUUAAAGACUCAAGGCGAGGACAACUCUGCUGCGACUGAGGGCCAAGACAGCAAUAACCUGCAGCAGCCAGAGAAGCCUGCUGGGGAACUGUCUCCUUUUCUGUCUACUCGACACUUCAACCUCACCUCCAAAAAUACUUCCAUGUUCAUGGCUGGAAACUUUGAUUCUAUUAUAAUAGGUGGAGGUGAGGGUAAUGCACUGUACAUAGACUCGGAGCUUAACCAUGGGCGCUCUGCAACUUGUGCCACAUUUGACAACCCUCCUCUGUGUGCGGAGACCUUCCAGGUGUCACUGUUGGAAGUCUGGGGCUUUCAGGACACCAUGGCCUCCUAAAGCAGCAUGCACAUUACUGUACAUGCAGACAAAUGUUAGUAAUAUGCAGUCCAAGAGGAGACUCAUUUUGAAAAAGGAAUCCAUCUCAGCAAGGCACCAAGGCAGCCGAGGUCUCUUGUUUGUUUGCUGUGACCUAUUCUCUUGACUUAAGUUUUAAUGUCUAUCAUUUUUACUAUAGACAAACAGAAUUGUACUUGCAGAUUAUGUAAAUCUCACAAAGGUGUUUUGAGGUCAAUCCUUGGGUUUUAGAGUGAUGGAAAAUUGGCACAGUUGCCAUAGCAUUUAAAAAAAUUCUUGUGAAGGGUCAAACAAUGUUGUCUAUAAACGGGAAGCUGAAACCCAUGAAUUUGUUGUUUUUAAUAGCUGAAAGAGCUUCAGUUCAAUAAAUUCAGAGUCUGCCAAAUAAAAAAUUUAAAAAAAAAAUCUGUCUGUCAGACCAUAAAUAAGUAUUUUGUAUUGUUUGACAGGUGUAGCUAUUUGUGGAUAUUGUAAUGAAGAAGAAUACUGUAGUGAAAUGUCCGGUGUAAUUGUUGGUCUUAUUGUAUGAUCGGUGAAAUUGAGUGACUAUUUGCUGUAAUGUGUUCAUUUCACAAAAUAACAUCACCUCAUAUUUGUGAAUAAUGGAUAAAACAUCUUCCAUGUCCAUUUUGACAUUAAUCUCUCCAGUUGCAGUUUCCUGUUACCUUUUUUUUGUGUAAAAGCAGUAUUGUAUUUAUACAGAGCUGUGCCCUGUUGGUGGUUGUCACUUUAAAAUACUCUUACUUGUAUGUGUUUAUUGAACAUCAUGUGAAAAUACAAAAACGUACUUUUAAGUAAAACUGCAGACUC